AUGCUGGGCCAGCUCGUGGGAUCCGCCAUGCUUUUGGCCGCAACUGCUAUCUUCCUCUACUAUACGGCCUGGACCCUAUUGAUGGUGGGAUUGACCUAUUACCUUGAGAUCUUCAAUGAUCCAGACCAAAUGAUGAACUACUGUGUACUGACAUCCACAUCCGUGCAGCCCUUUGUUGUGCCUGGCCACCCUAUCCACGCCCUCUUCCCUCCCCGCGUUUGGGCCAUCCGUAUCCCCGUGAUCUUGACGUUGCUUGGAUCGGCCGUGGUCGGCACAUUCAUAGGCAUUGUGAUGAUCAACAGCAACAAGAAGAAGGCAGCUAAGGCCAAGGCAGCUGCGAAGAAGAAGACUUAA